UUUGACCAUAACUAUAUCUUCGCUGCAUGCGAAGAUUACAGAGGGCCUAGGAAACAGUGAAUCGAAUCGAAUUCUGUUUAUUGAACCAGCGGUUGGGUUGGCUUUUGAUGAGUUAGUUUGAGGAAAAGGCUGUUUUGUUGAAGAAAAAAUCCUGUGUUUAUUAAUAUGCAAGUCUUUAACCUACAUUGAGCUGAUUUCCACAGUUAAAUUGAAGGAAAAUGUCAAGGCUAUUAACCUGGUUUUCUACAAAAAAUGGAAAGCGCUUUACUCGCUCAUGUGUUGGUAUUGCUAUCGCAUCAGCAUUUAGCUUUCAAAUAGCUAUCAAUGGACCUUGUUUGGAAAAAUAUAGAGAAAUUUUUCAAAUAUAUAGAUUUGGAAAGGAAAAGCCAUUGUCAGCUGAGGUCCAAGGGCUUGUACAGGAUGUAUUGAAUCAGUGCAAAAUCAGCGAAGAAGAAAAGAAAAAAUUGAGGUUUUUUAAUGUUGUGGGUCACAAUGUAACUCAUGCUGGAGGGACUAAUUCGCCUUGGGGAGCAGCGAUUGGCAUUCCGUUUACAUUCGAAAAAGCCGAAGAGGUUGAUUUUUCUCAGCUUAAAAUCGUAGGUAAAGAAGAAAUUGAUUGGAUAGUUGAUGGACAAGAAUUGAUGGAAGCUUUGAUCAUUUCAGACAAGGCUAAAAAGUUUGCCUUAAUGCGAGAAAUUUAUUCCUGCGAUUUCCUUCCCGUAUUGGAAAAUUCCGCCCUUGCGGCAUUUUGCGUGUUUUUGCCUGCGGAAUUUAUAAGGAAGAUAAACAUGACAUCAAGCAAUUUCCGUAAGUGGUCUUUUUUGAGGCGAAGUAUUUUCUACUCUGUUUUAUACGGAUUUGGUUUUGCUUUGUAUAAAUGUCUCCAUGACCCUUUGAAACAUUUAAAUGAUCUGAAGUGCGAUAAACUCUCAGCAGAGGCAGGACCUGAUUAUCUCGAGGGUGGAAUAGAAUUUUAUGCAAAAUCCCUGGAAAAGAACCAAGCAUUAAGGCAGUUGUUAGGGCCCAGAGGAAAGAAAAUGUUUACUGAAAAAGGAAAUGAGGAAUAUUAUAUAUUUCCUCCAAGACUGCCUUUAUCUAAACGUUUAGAUACUUUGCGGAAAAUGAAGCAAGCUCAGGAAGACACAAAUGUUUCAACCCAAAAGUAGCACUUUGUAGAAUAUUUCAUUGUUUUUAAUUGUUCAUAGAUAGCUAACUCCAUUGUUUGCGCUAAAUAUUUUUGAGUACAUUUGUUUUAGGGAGAAUCUAAAUAGUUUAGAAACGUGACUUAUAAAAAGUGUUGAAAUCAAUUUGUUGCAUGUGUAAUUUUGUCGCAAUAUUUUUAAAAAUAAAUAUUAUACA